GGCAAGCUGAAGGAGUUUGUAGGUUUUAGCAAGGGGGGCAGUGUCUGGUAUCUGGAGGACAGCGAUAACCUGCUACGAAGAGCUGCGUGCCAGGAAGCCCAGGCUUUUGGCAACCAGCUGCUCCCUUCCAGUAUGCCACUGAAGAAAGCAACAGUGUUCCUCAACCCAGCAGCUUGCAAAGGCAAAGCCAGUAACCUUUUUGAAAAGAAUGCUGCUCCAAUUUUGCACUUAUCUGGCUUGGAUGUAACUGUGGUUAAGACUGAUUAUGAGGGACAAGCGAAAAAGCUGCUGGAACUGAUGGAAAACACAGAUCUGAUCAUUAUCGCAGGAGGAGAUGGCACAGUACAAGAGGUGAUAACCGGACUUCUGCGCAGAGCAGAUGAGGCUGUCUUCAGUAAGAUUCCUAUAGGAUUCAUACCUCUUGGGAAGACCUGCACUCUGAGCCACACGCUCUACCCUGAAAGCACGAACCAAGUCCAACAUAUUACUAAUGCUACAUUGGCCAUUUUGAAAGGAGAGACGGUUCCACUUGACGUCUUGCAGAUCAAGGGAGAAAAGGAACAGCCUGUGUUUGCAGUGACUGGUUUAAGAUGGGGAUCUUACAGAGAUGCAGGAGUUAAAGUUAGCAAGUACUGGUACCUUGGGCCUCUGAAAACCAAAGCAGCUCACUUUUUCAGUACGUUUAAGGAAUGGCCUCAGAAACAUCAAGCUGCUCUCACGUAUCUGGGUCCAACUGAGAGACCUCCAGAAGAGCCGGAGGAGAAACCGUCCAGACCUCCUUUGUAUGUGAGGCUUUACAGGCGACUGCGGUUAUACUGGUCAUCCCCUCCAAAAGAAAUCCCCCAGGAGGUAGCCCCAGAGGACUGGGAAGAGCUGAAGCUAUCCGCCAUUGAGCUUUCCAUUGCAACUCGGAACAGGCAGCUUGAUCUGACACGCAUGGAAGACUUCAUGGAUAUCUGCAUUGAAGCAGAUACGGUCAGCAAAGGACAGUUUGUAAACAGAGGGAGUCAAAAGAUGCGUGAUCCGCAUACGUGCCCUGAAGGGAGUCAGUGCAUCCAAGCCAGCAGAUGCCUCUUGCAACUUCCAGAGGGCACUGAGGGAUCCUUUGGCAUUGAUAACGAGGAGUAUGAAGCUAUGCCUGUGGAGGUGAAGCUCUUGCCCCGGAAACUCCGGUUCUUCUGUGAUCCCAGAGUGAGAGAGCAGAUGAUGCUCGCAGCAGCGCAGUGAGAAUUCUUGUCAAAGGGGCCAUUGUUUACCAGUCCUACCAGGGUCUCUUCCAGGCACGUGAGGCCUCACCAACUUGAGUAACCCCACCAGACUAAUAAGCCGUUUGGCUGUUUUUAUGCGUACGGCACUUCCAUUGGAAGUGGCUGACUUGGCUAGUCUCAAAGGGGUUAAAAAUGCAAGUGAAUGUUCUGAUAAAUGCAUGUUAACUUGAUGGCAUCUUUUUUAUUUUCCCCAAAGAAGUCAUCACUGUUCCAUUUACAGCACUGCAGGCUGAGUGCUGUGUGCCAGAUGUUACUGCUUUAAUGCAAUUGUAUAUUAAAGGAAA